AUGUUAAGAUACUAUAGCUACAUAGGCGAACGCGCUAAGCUAGCGUCCCUUAUACUCCUAGACGGGACUAUAUUAAGUGGCUUGGCAUUCACUUUAACGCUCUAUUACAAUUUAAGGAGCAUAUCACUAUCUGCACUGCUAAGGCUAAUAUAUACAAAAGACCACCUACAGCACCUCCAAAAUUUAGCACUACGCAAAAUCCUAGGAACUUUUCGGACUAGUCCAAUUCAGGCCAUAGAGGUGGAAGCUAGCCUCCCACCGCCCGCAAUACAGCUAGACAUAGCUACACGCAAAUACGCUUUUCAGCUAGCUAAGCUAAGUCUAGACUAUCUAGUAAAUCGCUAA